CAGCGGAUGUGGGAGAAGAUGGCGCUCGUGCAGGAGGUGGCUCGACGGGUGUGGGGGACUGUUUUUUGAUGAGAGUGAAGAGAGAGGGAGAGAGAGAGAGAGAGAGAGUGUGUGUGUGUGUGAAGUCGAGAGAGAGAGAGAGAGAGAGAGAGAGAGAGAGAGAAUAUAUGCUUACAUAAGCACGAGGUACAAUACGUAGACUACCCCGCUCAAGGCUGAUGUCAACAUCAACGAUCCCAUCCACGACCACUGCAAUGGCAUCUGAAAAGACGUUCCUGGCAUACACUCCCUCGCAAGGCAAGGUGUAUGCUGAAGCCCGCCGCGACUACCACCGCAGCGUGUACGACGCCGUGCUGAGCUACCACACGUCCGGGGGCGGCGAGCUGGACACCCUGCUGGACAUUGGCUGCGGACCCGGCACCGCGACGCGCAGACUAGGAGGACAUUUCGAGCAUGCCAUCGGUCUGGACGCUUCCGCGGGGAUGGUCGAGACGGCACGGACUCUCGGGGGAACAACAGCGACGGGGGAGAAGAUCCGAUUCGAGGUGUCGACGUCCGACAAGCUCGUCGAGGGGGACUGUUGCGUGGACGUGAUUGUUGCAGCUACGGCCGCCCACUGGUUCGAGAUGUCUUCCUUUUGGCGGCGGGCGGCACAGGUGCUCCGACCUGGAGGCAGCGUGGCGCUCUGGUGUUCCGGGGAGUCGAGCGUACACUCCUCGACGCCCAACGCGGGAGCCAUCCAGGCCGCACUGGAACGGAUCCGGGAGGAAGAGAGACUGGAUGAUUUCUUCGAAGAAGGGAACCGCCUCGUACGCGCGGGAUACGUGGAUCUCCCGCUGCCGUGGACGGUGGAGCCGGGCGUGCAGGGGUUUGAGAGAGCCAGCUUCGUGCGCAGGGAGUGGGGGUUCGGCGACGAGUUCUACGCCGGUCAGAUGGAGGUGGACCUCGACACGUUUGAGAAGGUCCUCGGCACGGCGAGUCCGAUCACACGGUGGAGAGAGGCGCACCGGGACGCCGUCGGCUCGGAGCGGGAUAUCGUGCGUCGGUAUCGACGCGCGAUUGAGACGCUGCUGCAUGAGGCAGGGGUGCAACCGGGCCAGGAGAGAGUCAGGGGGGCCGUGACAGGGGUUUUGUUGAUGGUGAGACGUACAUAGUACAGAGUACCCUGUAUUGUAGUACUGUCUACUUAGUACUGUAAUAGAUAGCUUAUCAUAUAUACCCAGUAUAAUAUGUACUUUGUAUCAACUAUGUACA